UUUAAGAAGAUUGAUGCUGCUGCAGUGGCAAGGGAUCCGUCCUGCGUCCACAAAAAGGCCUCGCUUUCUUUAUCCAUCUGUUUCCCUUCUCUCCCCAUCUCUCUCCUUGUUUCUUCAGUUUUCAAAUUCCUGUUCCCAUUCCCAUGGCCGCUCUCACCUCUUCUAUGCAAACGAAUCUCCUCUCCGCCCAUUCCUUAACGCCUUCUUCUUCUUCUUCUACUACAGUUUCUACCUUUCCCACCUCCUUCUCUCUUCCCACCUCUACCAACUCCGCUGUUCUCAAAAUUCACGCUCUCUCUUCCCAUGCUUCUGCUUUCUUCAACUCCUGCAACCACUGCUUUCGGACCAUUGUGAUAGCACCUCGCAAACGUCAUGCCACAAGAUCUUUCAGUAUUCGGAUGUCCUGGGACGGCCCUCUCUCUUCCGUCAAAUUAAUUGUUCAAGGCAAAAAUUUGGAGUUGACUGAGGCAGUUAAGAAGCACGUGGAAGAGAAGGUUGGCAAGGCAGUCCAGAAGCACAGUCACUUAGUGAGAGAAGUAGAUGUCAGACUAUCAGUUAGAGGUGGUGAGUUUGGGAAGGGCCCAAGAAUUAGAAGAUGCGAGGUUACUUUAUUCACGAAGAAGCAUGGAGUUGUACGAGCAGAGGAAGAUGCCGAGACCGUGUAUGCAAGCAUUGAUUUGGUAUCUUCCAUCAUGCAGAGAAAGCUGAGAAAGAUUAAAGAGAAAGAUUCCGAUCAUGGCCGACACAUGAAAGGAUUUGACAGAUCGAAAAUAAGAGAACCUGCGCCAAUAGUAGUUGAAGAUGAGGAAGAGGAAGUUUCUCAGGAAGAUGGUGGAGAAGCUAUUGAUGAGAUUGUUCGGACAAAAUACUUCGAUAUGCCGCCUUUGACAGUUGAAGAAGCAAUCGAACAGCUAAAGAAUAUUGACCAUGAUUUCUAUGGUUUCCGGAAUGAAGAAACUGGUGAGAUUAACAUCUUAUAUAAAAGAAAGGAUGGAGGAUAUGGACUUAUCAUCCCAAAAGAAGAUGGCAAUGCUGAGAAAAUAGAAACUGUGACGGUUGAAGUAGCCAGAGAAGCCUCCUUGGCGGAAUGAUUGGACUUCACGGAGGAAGUUUCAUGUUCAAGAUUACAUUUGCUUAAAACUGCACAACUUUGACUGGAGCAUCUGAAGGCCUUGCUUGCAGGGAGUAUGUACAUUUAAAUUUGAGGCUACUUGAUGAUGAAGACAAUUUUGGACAAGAAAUGAGAUCUAUUCAAGUGUUGGGUACAAUGAGAUGCACAAUAUUAUAAUAAAUGAAAGAUUCAAUCAGAACCUCUUUUCUCCUGGCAUGGCCAGUUCUGGUUAGGUUGUACUGUUUGUACUUGAAUCUUGAUACAUCUCUCUUCCUUUCUUAAAA